UUGGGUGUCUAAUUGUUCCGUUUAAUGCCGACAAAUAUUUGGAGGAUUGAGUAAUAUUUUAAAAUGUCCGGUACUGUCAGUGAUCGAUUUCUGUAUUUCGCGUUUGGAAGCAACUUGUUGAAGGAAAGACUCCAAAUCUCAAAUCCCUCUGCUGAAUUUUGCGCCGUAGGACGAUUGAAGGACUAUAAGUUGAAUUUUGGCCUUUCUGAGAAAAAUGAGGGCAGAAUUUGGCACGGCGGGGUGGCAACCAUAGAGUCCUGUCCAGGUGCAGAGGUGUGGGGCGUGAUCUGGACUCUGGCAGCUGAAAACCUGACGACUUUAGACAACCAGGAGGAGGUGAGUGAAGGUGUGUAUUCUCCGCUGGAGGUCACGGUGGAGACCGAUAAAGGCCCAAUGAGGUGCAGGACCUACCAGAUGAACGACUACCACCUGUGUCCUCCGUCGCCUCAGUAUAAGCAGGUGGUGUGCUUGGGUGCAGAGCAGAACGGACUUCCAGCGGCGUACUUGCAGCAGCUGCAGGCUCUUGAAACCAACAGCUACAGCGGAGCGACGCUUCUCGACCACAUCAAGAUAGUUAGGAGUUAAAACACCAACUGUUACCAAUCAAAACCCCUCUGAAAAUCCGGUAGAAUGUUACAGCUCCACGGGGUUAACAAAACGCACCACAGAAAGCUACGGUUUGAGGCCUCGUCCUCAAGGACAAAGAUUGUGAUAAUGUACCUUUGGAGGAAGCCAUGGAACCAUUCUCAAACUUCAGUAUGCUGUGGCCGACUCUGAAAUCUGAAAGUGUUCUGUCGCAAACGCAGACAUUUAAUCAGUUUUAAAUUGACACGACAAUCAAAAUUGUCAUGCAUGUUAAACUAGAUAAAUUACUACAAUUCAGAUUCAAACUUAAAAUCUAAGAGGUUUUCCUGUAUUUUUGAAGAAUUUCUCACAGCCCACAUUUUGGGAAUCACUGGUCCAGAAGUAGCUUUGGGUCUUGUUCAGGAGUGGGGAGGUCAAAUGGAGAGUGAGAUCAAUAAGACGGAUUGUGGCUGCGUCUGAUUUCCUGCUGAAGCUGUAUCGCAGUCCUGGCGAAGAAAAUGCCAAGCCAGAGAGAGAGAGACCUUCAAUUUACACACUGAUCCCUCACCUAUGAUCAUGAACAUUUAAUUUACAUCACAAAAUGCUCCCAGACUGUCUGGGAGCAUUUUGGGCGGACAGAUUUUUAGGGGGGCACCGUUCAGUCUGCGACACCGGUUUAUUGCAGUUGAAGUUGACCUGCUGCAAAACAUACGGUAUCCAUAAAUGUGAAAAUGGGGCUUAAUUGGCAAAAAACUCAUGUCACUGUAUGCAACUUUAACUAUAUAUAUAUUAUAUAUAUAUAUAUAUAUAUAUAUAUAUAUAUAUAUAUAUCCCCUCAGAAGGUCACCCCUCUGGGCCUGUCUGCUCGAGGGUUACUUAAGAAAAACAAAACACACACAUCCCAGAGGGAGUUCUUCCGUAACAUAGUUGUCUGUACUUUCUCCAGAGGUUGGUAUGGGUAGAUGUUACCCAUCUGAAGUGAUUUGUGGUGACUUUGUUGUGAUCAGGCACUAAAUAAAUGAACCGAAGUGAACAAAGAUCAGUUUAUUAUCAAUAUAUGCUCUAAUCUGGGGAGCUGCAAAA